CAAAGUUCAGGAGGGCUUUGUAAAAUUUACCCUUCCCCCUAUCAUAUCGCCGCAGGCCCGGAGUCUAACCUGCCCAACUCGACUCCCACCCAAACAGGAGCAAUGAAGAAAGGCUGCAGCCAAAUCCCAGCAACCGGCGAUCUCGCCGUCGCCGGAGCGACGGCAGAAACCAGAGAGAAGCAGAAGCCCCCAUUUCGUCCGGCCAAAGACGACACAAAGCCCGUCCUCAGGGACCCAAUUCUGAGGUCAGACCCAAUUGAGAGUGAACAAGCCGUGCUUCGCCUUCCUCCCUUUCCCAAUAAGAAAACCCACUCCUAAUCUCGCUGAACUAGCAUCUUCUUGGGUUGGAAGUGGAUUCAAGAGCACAAAUAAUUGAAAAGAUCUGAUGAUAUGUUGUUGAUCAGAUUUGUUUUCAGUCUGCUCUAUAUCCAAAGAGGUACAUUCAAGGAUCUCCUUCUUUUUAUCUGCUGAGAUGAUACAUUUUUGUAUUUUGGAUAUUCUCAAAGAUGAGCCGCUAAACUAAAAUAUUCCAUUGCACUUGUGUUCAGUACUAUUUAAAGUACCGUAAUUUGGUUUCA